GGCUCUUCCGCUCUGCGACGGUUCAGUUCCGGGUAUAGGUUGGACGUCGAUGGCUGUUGCUUUUGAUUAUCCUGCGGUGCAGCCACCUUGCUAGUGAAAGAGCAUUUUGGUGCCCAGAGGAGCUUGGCUCUCAGAAGCUACACAGGGUGGCGUCAACUUUGUUAGAGGUGCUAUGUCGGGGGCGGGAGGAGGAAAGCGUGCUGCCGCUGGGGACAGCCCCUCUGGCCCCCCCGAGAAGAAAGGCAAGAGAGAAGAAAAAACAACUACUACCUUGAUUGAACCCAUUCGAUUGGGAGGUAUCUCAUCCACAGAAGAAAUGGACUUGAAAGUGCUGCAGUUCAAAAACAAGAAGCUAGCAGAACGGUUGGAGCAGCGGCAAGCCAUUGAGGAUGAGCUGAGAGAACGUAUUGAGAAGCUAGAAAAAAGGCAGGCAACAGAUGAUGCCACACUUCUUAUCGUGAACAGAUACUGGAGGCAGCUGGAUGAGAAUGUUAAGGUUUUGCUACGACGGUAUGAUACAGAAGAGUCUAGCAAUCAGCCACAAGUCCAAGCUGCUGAGGAGACAAAGUCAGCUCAAGAAAUCCCUGAGCCACCACCUGAGGCUCUGGAUGGCCAAAGUGAGUCAGAAGAAAGGAGUGAGGAUGUAGCCGCUCCAGAAAGCACAGAAGCACCUCCUGUUUCCCCAACUGUGGAACUAAAUGAGCCAGCUUUGUCUUUCCUGGCUACUUUGGCCAGCAGCAGCAAUGAAGAAAUUGAACUACAGCUCCAGGAACGCAUGGAAUUCUCAAAGAGGGCUGUGUCAAGGAUUGUUAAAGUGUUUGACCGACUGCACAGGAGGAUCGAGGCCUUGUGUUUAAAGAUCCAGAGGGCAGUGGGUGCAGAUGAUGCAAAUAAGCAGACCUUAACUUUGAGCAAGAAUCUAAUGGAGGAAAACCGACGCCUGCAAGAUCUGGCCACUCAGCUGCAGGAAAAACACCACAGGAUAUCCCUGGAGUAUAAUGAGCUAGUGGACAAAGUUACAUCAUCAGAGACUAAAGUGUCUGAAAUGGAAACAACCAUUGAGGACCUACAGUGGGACAUAGAGAAGCUACGCAAAAGAGAACAGAAGCUAAAUAAGCACUUGGCUGAGGCCCUGGAGCAGCUGAAUUCUGGGUAUCAUGUCUCGGGGAGCUCUGGAGGUCUUCAGGGAGGCCAGAUCACUCUUAAUAUACAGAAGUUUGAAAUGCUUAAUAAUGAGCUGGAGCAGAAUCAGGAAUUGGCCAACAGUCGUAUGGCAGAACUGGAAAAGCUGCAACUGGAGCUCCAGGAAGCUGUCCGACAGAAUGAGAAACUAAAGAUGGACCUGAGAAACAUUCCUGAAGAGGUAGUUAAAGAAACACCAGAGUACAAAUGCCUACAGUCUCAGUUCUCCCUUCUGUACAACGAGAGUCUCCAAGUGAAGACACAGUUGGAUGAGGCCCGUGCCCUACUACUGACUACUAAGAAUGCUCAUCUGCGCCAAAUUGAGCACAUGGAGAGUGAUGAGCUGAACCUACAGAAGAAGCUCCGGACAGAGGUCAUCCAGUUGGAGGACACUUUGGCACAAGUGAGAAAAGAGUAUGAGAUGCUGAGGAUAGAGUUUGAACAGAACCUCGCUGCCAAUGAGCAAGCUGGGCCUAUAAACCGAGAGAUGCGUCAUCUGAUUAGCAGCCUGCAGAAUCACAACCACCAACUGAAGGGAGAUGUGCAGCGGUACAAGAGAAAGCUGCGGGAAACGCAGGCUGAAAUCAUGAAGGUGAGGGGCCGGCCUGCUGCUGCCUCUGAGGUGUCCCACGGCCAGCAGCAGCACAAGUUACGACAGCAAAACAGUGGUCCUGCCAGUGUUACAGCCAGCUCCAGCAGCACCAGCACCACUCCCACCUCAACUACCCCAACUAGUUUGGUGCCACUUGAGGAGAUUAAGAAGGAAGAAGAAGCAGGUACUCCUGAACUGAAGAAGGAGAUUAAGAAGGAGCCAGUGGAGGAGACAGUUGCCACUAUGGAAGUCAAAAAAGAAAAGGAGGAGGAAGGGGAAGUGGUAGUGAUGCCAGUUGAAGUGAAGAAGGAACCAGAUAAGCCUCCACCACCACAGCAGCAUCACCAGCCGCAGCAGCGCACACGAGAGAGAGAAAAGGAGGCAGAGAGAGACCGGGAGAGAGAGAAGGAAAGAGAGAGAGACCGUGAGCGGGAAAGAGAAAAGGAGAAAGAACGGGAGAGGGAGCGGGAAAAGGAACGUGAACGACAGAGAAGUGAGGAGAUAAAGAAGAAGGACUCUGAUGCUCUUAAACAACUGCGCGUAGAGCUCAAGAAAGCUCAGGAGAGUCAAAAGGAGAUGAAGCUUCUGUUAGAUAUGUACAAGUCAGCCCCCAAGGAACAGAGGGAUAAAGUGCAGCUAAUGGCAGCUGAGCGCAAAUCCAAAGCAGAGGCUGAAGAACUAAGGCAACGCAUCAGAGAAAUGGAAGAGAAGGAACGCAAGGAGAGUAAAAAGAUGGCAGAUGAGGAUGCCCUGAGGAAGAUCAAAGCAGCAGAGGAGCAGAUUGAACAUCUGCAGAAGAAGCUCACAGCCACAAAGCAGGAGGAGGAGGCUCUGUUGUCUGAGAUGGAUGUCACAGGUCAGGCUUUUGAGGACAUGCAAGAGCAAAACAUCCGAUUGAUGCAACAGCUCAGAGAGAAAGAUGAUGCCAACUUCAAGCUGAUGAGUGAAAGAAUUAAAUCAAAUCAGAUCUACAAGUUGCUCAGAGAAGAGAAGGAUGAAUUAGCUGACCAGGUCCUGGCACUCAAAACACAGGUGGAUUCCCAGCUUUUAGUAGUCCAGAAACUUGAAGAGAAGGAAGGGAUCCUCCAGAACAACCUCAAUGGCAUUGAAAAAGAGCUGGCAUUACGGACACAAGGUCUAGAGCUGAAUAAGCGGAAGGCAGUAGAAGCAGCCCAGCUGGCUGAAGACUUGAAGGUGCAGCUGGAACACACCCAAAGCAAGCUGAAGGAGAUCCAGUCCUCCGUGUCAGACAACCGCAUGGCCCGUGAAAAGGAGUCCUUCAACCUGAAAAAAGCUCAGGAGGACCUUUCCCGGCUACGCAGGAGGCUAGAGAAGCAAAAGAAGGUUGAGGUGUAUACAGAUGCAGACGAGAUCUUGCAGGAGGAAAUUAAUCAAUAUAAGGCCAAGCUAAGGUGCCCUUGCUGUAACACACGGGACAAGGAAACCGUGCUCAUCAAGUGUUUCCAUGUCUUCUGUUAUGAGUGCCUGAAGACCCGCUAUGAUACUCGCCAGCGUAAAUGUCCCAAAUGCAAUGCUGCCUUCGGGGCCAAUGACUUUCACCGCAUUUACAUCAACUGACCACCUGAGGAAGAAGACUUCCUUUGCCAGAAAGAGGGCUUGAACUCUGGCAAAGUGGACCAGGCUGCAAUGUGGAACCUGCAUCCAAAGGCCAGCACCUGCUCUACACCAUGCUCGUCCUCUGUUGGUGUGGUGAAUUGUGAGCAUAGGUGGCUUGUGGGUAUUUGUGAAAGGGUGUUGGAACAAAGCUUACAGGUUGACAAGUGCUCUGAGAAGAUUGAGUUUACAUGCCUUUCUGAGCAGCACAGUUUACAUACCCUGUCCUCUACUCUUGGCAUACAUGUAUGGAGACAAGACUCUAGUCAUUUCAAAAUGUUUGUGCACUGUAGCUAGCUCCCUGGCAGAAGCCCAUUAUUCUUAACAACCCCCCUGGUCAUUCCAUUUGCAUAGCUGUCAGCAAGUAUGGUGUUGCAAACAAGAUCUGGGCAGGUCUGUGGCCAAGGCAGCGGGACAGGAGCAGGUCAGAUGCCAGUGAGAAGGCGUCUGGGGAUGCAGCGGUGCAAGUGGCAUUAUGGAAACUGUUCCCCACGAAAGGUGAGAGACACACACGAUCCUUAAUGCCUUUGGACCACACGACUCCUGUGUGUGUAUAAUGCUGUGAAACC